GAAUGGAACUGGAAGCAGUGGAGUUGCAUACUUGCAUUCUCUUUUCUAUUUUCAGUUAUGUCCUAAAUCCUAACUAAACAAAUAAAGAAACAGUUUUUAGGGUUUUGAUUUUGAUUGCAGUACGUCAGAUUUAACACUUAAAACGCACUUUAUUACAGUGUUAAACCGGUAAACAUGAAUUUGGCAAGCGAAAGCUCUAAUUGGAGAAUCCAUCUCCCCCAAAUGCGGCUCAUUUGGUUCUGAAAUCUUUUUCUUGGGUAAGAUGGCAAGCACCUCUGGCCAGCAAGUCCGUUUUAAUGGAAAUUAUAGGCGAUGGCUAGCUGAAACUUUUGAACGCCAUGAAACAACCAAUGAUGAACUAUCAAAUAAUCUAGAUGGAGAUGAUAACAUAAUUAAGCCCUUUAUUCAAAAUUUCCCUACGGCUUUGGAACCAGUGGAACCAAUUGUUGGAAAGGAGUUUGAAUCAGCUGAGGAUGCUAGAGAAUUCUAUGAGAUGUAUGGCAGACAAAUGGGGUUUACCAUACGAAAUAAUCGUAUACGUCGAUCACUUAAAGAUAACUCAAUAAUUGGCCGUGAGUUUGUUUGCUCAAAAGAAGGUUUUCGUGCAGGAAAAUGUACAAAGAGGGAAAACGGAGUUAUUUCAUCACUGCCUGCUACCAGAGAGGGAUGCAGUGCGAUGUUAAGGAUAGCUGCUAAGGAUGGAGCAAAAUGGGUUAUUUAUGGUUUCAACAAAGAACACAACCAUGAGCUCAAUCCUAGCAAAAUACCACCUCGGCGAUCACAUAGGAUUGCAUUCAAUGAGGAUGAGAAAGAUCUUAAAAUCCGGGAGCUAUCCACAGAAUUGCAUCGAGAGAAAAAGAAAUCAGCUGCUUAUCAAGAGCAGCUACAAAGAGUCUUAAAAUAUAUUGAGGAGCAUACACAAAGGCUUUCACUUCAGAUUGAUACGGUAGCUAACAAAGUCAGAGAACUAGAGUGCGAAGAGCCUGAUUGUUUGGACUUUGACUAGAAUGUGAGCAAAAUUUUACCUCUAGUUUUGUCGUGGAGUCUGGUUCCACUUGAUAAACCUGAUAACUUAAUUUUGAAGCUUUAAGCGUGCUAAUGACAACUGUUGUUCUGCAUAAGAUCUUGCAUACAAUCCUGUAAGGAUUUGAAACAUUAUUGUCAACAGCACCCGCAAUGUAACUGAAAUAGUAACUUAUUUUUCCAGAAUGUCGAGCUAUGUCUUUAUAAGGAGGCCAUUUUGAGGAUGCUGUUGUAUUGAGAUUAAUUGCUCAAAUACUAAAUCUUCGUAAUA